GGAAGUGUGCAACCUUCCUCUCUACCCACCCAGGCAUCUCCACUGGAUAUCUGACAGACAGCUGGUGGGAAACAAGACAACCCAAACACAGAAACACACACUAUGGAUGUAGAGCAGUGGUUAGAGGUUCCACUGCAGCGGCUGUCAGUCAGUCAACCCUCCCCCUGGUGGGUAUCAGAGGGUCAGUCAGUCAACCCUCCCCCUGGUGGGUAUCAGAGGGUCAGUCAGUCAACCCUCCCCCUGGUGGGUAUCAGAGGGUCAGUCAGUCAACCCUCCCCCUGGUGGGUAUCAGAGGGUCAGUCAGUCAACCCUCCCCCUGGUGGGUAUCAGAGGGUCAGUCAGUCAACCCUCCCCCUGGUGGGUAUCAGAGGGUCAGUCAGUCAACCCUCCCCUGGUGGGUAUCAGAGGGUCAGUCAGUCAACCCUCCCCUGGUGGGUAUCAGAGGGUCAGUCAGUCAACCCUCCCCCUGGUGGGUAUCAGAGGGUCAGUCAGUCAACCCCCCCCCUGGUGGGUAUCAGAGGGUCAGUCAGUCAACCCUCCCCCUGGUGGGUAUCAGAGGGUCAGUCAGUCAACCCCUCCCCCUGGUGGGUAUCAGAGGGUCAGUCAGUCAACCCUCCCCUGGUGGGUAUCAGAGGGUCAGUCAGUCAACCCUCCCCCUGGUGGGUAUCAGAGGGUCAGUCAGUCAACCCUCCCCUGGUGGGUAUCAGAGGGUCAGUCAGUCAACCCUCCCCUUGGUGGGUAUCAGAGGGUCAGUCAGUCAACCCUCCCCCUGGUGGGUAUCAGAGGGUCAGUCAGUCAACCCUCCCCCUGGUGGGUAUCAGAGGGUCAGUCAGUCAACCCUCCCCCUGGUGGGUAUCAGAGGGUCAGUCAGUCAACCCCUCCCCCUGGUGGGUAUCAGAGGGUCAGUCAGUCAACCCUCCCCCUGGUGGGUAUCAGAGGGUCAGUCAGUCAACCCUCCCCCUGGUGGGUAUCAGAGGGUCAGUCAGUCAACCCUCCCCCUGGUGGGUAUCAGAGGGUCAGUCAGUCAACCCUCCCCCUGGUGGGUAUCAGAGGGUCAGUCAGUCAACCCUCCCCCUGGUGGGUAUCAGAGGGUCAGUCAGUCAACCCUCCCCCUGGUGGGUAUCAGAGGGUCAGUCAGUCAACCCCUCCCCCUGGUGGGUAUCAGAGGGUCAGUCAGUCAACCCUCCCCCUGGUGGGUAUCAGAGGGUCAGUCAGUCAACCCUCCCCCUGGUGGGUAUCAGAGGGUCAGUCAGUCAACCCUCCCCCUGGUGGGUAUCAGAGGGUCAGUCAGUCAACCCCUCCCCCUGGUGGGUAUCAGAGGGUCAGUCAGUCAACCCUCCCCUGGUGGGUAUCAGAGGGUCAGUCAGUCAACCCUCCCCCUGGUGGGUAUCAGAGGGUCAGUCAGUCAACCCUCCCCCUGGUGGGUAUCAGAGGGUCAGUCAGUCAACCCUCCCCUGGUGGGUAUCAGAGGGUCAGUCAGUCAACCCUCCCCCUGGUGGGUAUCAGAGGGUCAGUCAGUCAACCCUCCCCUGGUGGGUAUCAGAGGGUCAGUCAGUCAACCCUCCCCUGGUGGGUAUCAGAGGGUCAGUCAGUCAACCCUCCCCCUGGUGGGUAUCAGAGGGUCAGUCAGUCAACCCUCCCCCUGGUGGGUAUCAGAGGGUCAGUCAGUCAACCCUCCCCCUGGUGGGUAUCAGAGGGUCAGUCAGUCACCCCUCCCCUGGUGGGUAUCAGAGGGUCAGUCAGUCAACCCUCCCCCUGGUGGGUAUCAGAGGGUCAGUCAGUCAACCCCUCCCCCUGGUGGGUAUCAGAGGGUCAGUCAGUCAACCCCUCCCCCUGGUGGGUAUCAGAGGGUCAGUCAGUCAACCCUCCCCCUGGUGGGUAUCAGAGGGUCAGUCAGUCAACCCUCCCCCUGGUGGGUAUCAGAGGGUCAGUCAGUCAACCCUCCCCCUGGUGGGUAUCAGAGGGUCAGUCAGUCAACCCUCCCCCUGGUGGGUAUCAGAGGGUCAGUCAGUCAACCCUCCCCUGGUGGGUAUCAGAGGGUCAGUCAGUCAACCCUCCCCUGGUGGGUAUCAGAGGGUCAGUCAGUCAACCCUCCCCCUGGUGGGUAUCAGAGGGUCAGUCAGUCAUCCCAGUCGACCAGUCAGGGCCUCCAGAUAGAGAGACCUGUUAUCAAAGCAGGGAGAUCCCUGAUUAUAGUCUCUCCCUUUUGACUUACCUUCAACUACAUGGUAACUAACACAAACAUUUCAGAC